AUGACGACAUCCUUUUAUUUUUAACGCAGUGACCUCAUCUCUUAUGGCAGCAGGAGGACUUCACUCUUCUUCUUCUUCUUCUUCCACUUACUCCGCUGAAGAGCCGUUUGGACUUUUUUGACGUCGAGUUUUUUCAAUAAACGUGUGGAUCCACUUCAGCAUGAAGACCAGGAUCAGGGUUCAGAUUGAGGUCUUCAGUUCUGAGUCCAGGAAGAGACUCCAGACACUUUAAACUACAGUCAGGGGAGGGGGGGUCCUGUCUGUCUGUCUGUCUCUCUCUGCCUGUCUCUCUCUGUCUCUGUCUGUCUGUCUGUCUCUCUGGUCUGGGGUUUUUGUGCUGUCCCCCAUCAGGAUGAUGACCUCAUACCGGUCUGACACGAUUCAGGUCUUCCUCCUCUGAGGUUCCUCUUCAGACCGCCUCACUGAGCUGGACCACCGGAGGAGAGGGGGGGGGGGGGGUAGUCUGACAUGUCGGAGUAUCCAUCAGGACCAGCAUCAUGGUCUGGGUCCAGGUCUGUGCGGCCCAUCGGGUCGGAGGCCCUGGUGGUCCUGCUGGAGGGGGGUCUGGACCGCGUGGUCCUGAUCGACAGCCGGCCCUUCGUGGACUACAAUGCGUCUCAUAUCCUGGAGGCCGUCAACGUGAACUGCUCCAAGCUGAUGAAGAGGAGGCUGCAGCAGGACAAAGUCCUGAUCCAGGAGCUGCUGCAGCACUCAGCCAUGAACAAGCUGGAGCUGCAGGGGGAUCAGCAGGUGGUUGUUUAUGACCACAGUUCUUCUCUUCCUUCUUCUCUGAGCUCUGACUCGUUCCUCAGCGUCCUGCUGCUGAAACUGGAGAAGAGCUUCACCUCUGUGCACCUGCUCUCAGGUGGGUUCUCCGAGUUCUCCCAGCUGUUCCCAGGUCUGUGUGAGGGGAGGUCCUCUCUGGUUCCAUCCUGUAUGUCUGAACCAUGUCGACCCGUAAGCAGCAGCGGACCGACCCGCAUCCUGCCUCACCUGUACCUGGGCUGUCAGAGGGACGUCCUCAACCAGGAUCUGAUGCAGCAGAACGACAUUGUCUAUGUCCUGAACGCCAGUAACACCUGUCCCAAACCAGACUUCAUCCCAGAGUCCCACUUCCUCAGGGUCCCCGUCAACGACUCCUUCUGUGAGAAGAUCCUGCCCUGGUUGGACCGGUCCCUGGACUUCAUAGAGAAGGCCAAAGCCUCCAACGCUCGGGUCCUGGUCCACUGUCUGGCUGGAAUCUCCCGCUCUGCCACCAUCGCCAUCGCCUACAUCAUGAAGAGGAUGGACAUGCCUCUGGAUGAGGCCUACAGGUUUGUGAAGGAGAAGAGGCCGACCAUCUCUCCCAACUUUAACUUCCUGGGUCAGCUGCUGGACUUUGAGAAGAGGAUCAAGAGUCCUCCGGGUCCUGAGACCAGACUGAAGGCUCAUCCGGAGCCCAGCGGUGAGGUUCCCCCUCACCUGGAGGACCAGGAUCCUUCAGGUAAGGACCAGGACCCUCUCACCUGUCCGGAAGCCCCCAUGGAGCCCCCUAUGGAGCCCCUCAUGGGGCCCCUCAUGGAGCCCCUCAUCUUUCCUUGUGUCCUGGCCGACGCCCCCGAGGAGCUCCGGCUGGCCGAGGCUCUGAGCGUCCUUCAGCUCUCCGACGGCCCCGAGGACAACGCCCGUCUGAAGCGCUCCUUCUCUCUGGACAUCAAGUCAUACGGCGAGCCGGCCUUUGUCCCUCACGGAGGACCGGGAGACGGCGAGUUCUUCAAACCGUCCGGCUUCAAAGAGCCGACCAGUAAACAGUGCCAGUUCUCCCCGGUGGAGGAGGUGUCGGAGCAGAGCCCCGACAAGGAGGAGGUCCAGUCCUCCUCCGUCUUCACCAAACCUCCGCCCGCCGCUCCUAACUGCUGGCACCCUCUACAGCGGAGCGGCAGCGUGGAGGAGAACGCCACCAGCUUCCUGUUCGGCCUCUCCCGCAGCCAGCAGCACCUGGUCCUGGUCCCGGUCCUGGAAUCUGACCGGAGCUAUGUGGUGCAGCACACAUCGGCGUCUGCUCACUCCGACAGGAAGUGACAUCAGGACGUUCUGACCCAAACUAUGUUUGAAAAGUGUUGCAUUCUGGGGUUGUUUUUAGCCUUGAUGUUGCUAAGCUAACAGUCUGUUGUCUCCAACAAAAGGAACUAAAUCAUCAAUGAGGACGAGACGUUUCAUGAUUGUUUGACUUCAUGCGGAACAAAGAAACAUUAAUCAGAACAAUAAACUGAUUCACAAACAUAAAGGCAACCAUUUGUUUAUCUUCAGUUGAUGUUUUGAUUUGAAUAAAAUCUUGUUUAUAAUAAUUAAAUAUAAUGAAAGCAGCAUCAGAUCUUACUAAAUAUCUCUAUCAUUCAUAUAAAUACUCCACGUGAACUCAUCACAGGAAGUCUGGAGGGAAUCAAGCUGCAGGAGUCUGCUCACCUGUGAAGACGAAGAUGUCUCUGAUUGUGUUGCAGUAAAAAGGACGACUUUUUACUGACUGACUCUUUCAACGUCUCGUCUGGAGGAGACGCUGCUGGUCACCUGUCUGCAUCAUCCUCGUCAUCAUCAUCAGUGAUGAUGACGAGGAUCUGAACUCAGAUCAGGUGAGCAACGUGUCACAGCUCAUGUAGCAGAACGAAUCUGAUGAUUAAAAGUGUUGAAACAAAAA